GAAACUGAAAGUAAUUGAAGGUAGGCGCGAAGAAGAACUGUGUCCGAACCUUGAGUUGUCACUUUUCGUCAGAAACAGCAUUGAAAUGUUUGCUUAGUUUCAAGAUUUGGGGAACAAGAGGAUUCGAUCCUUUUCAUUAGAGUCAGAAUUCAGAAAGCAAGUGUCGAACAAACGGUUACGUUACAAUGCGGAGAUUCGUAGCCGACAAAGCCAGAAAUCUCGUCCAGAGACAGAGAACUUCGUCUUUUACUGCAACUGCUUCCGCCUCUUCUACCUCGUGUCAUCAAUCUCAUCUUCCUCGUUUCUUCUCAUCUCCUUCCUCCUCCGUCGUCCUCUGAUUCAAUGGCUCCCAAUCCUGUCACUCUUGAAACCAUCAAUCCCAAGGUCUUGGAAUGUGAGUAUGCGGUUCGUGGUGAGAUUGUUACCCUGGCCCAGCAAUUACAACAAGAAUUAAAGGAGAAUCCAGGUUCUCAUCCUUUUGAUGAGAUACUUUACUGCAAUAUUGGAAAUCCGCAAUCUCUUGGUCAGGAGCCAAUAACUUUCUUCAGAGAGGUUCUCGCUCUAUGUGACCAUCCAACCAUUUUAGACAGAAGUGAAACUCAGGGCUUAUUCAGUUCCGAUGCUAUAGAGCGUGCUUGGCAGAUCCUGGAUCAAAUUCCUGGAAGAGCAACUGGUGCAUAUAGUCAUAGUCAGGGUAUCAAGGGAUUACGUGAUGCCAUUGCUGCUGGUAUUGAAGCUCGUGAUGGUUUUUCUGCAGAUCCCAAUGACAUUUUCUUGACUGAUGGUGCAAGCCCAGCAGUCCAUAUGAUGAUGCAGUUACUUAUAAGAUCAGAAAAGGAUGGAAUCCUUUGUCCCAUUCCUCAGUACCCUCUGUACUCAGCUUCAAUCACCCUCCAUGGUGGCACUUUGGUUCCUUACUAUCUUGAUGAAGAAACAGGUUGGGGAUUGGAGAUUUCUGAGCUCAAAAAGCAGUUGGAAGCUGCUCAGUCCAAGGGCAUCACUGUUAGGGCCUUGGUUGUAAUAAAUCCAGGCAACCCAACAGGGCAGGUUCUUGCUGAGGCCAACCUGCGGGAAAUUGUUGAAUUCUGCAAGAUAGAAGGUCUUGUUCUUUUGGCAGAUGAGGUAUAUCAGGAAAAUGUUUAUGUCUCCCACAAGGAAUUUCACUCAUUUAAGAAAAUUUCCCGGUCUAUGGGGUAUGGCGAGAAAGACAUCUCUUUGGUGUCUUUUCAGUCAGUUUCUAAAGGUUAUUAUGGGGAGUGUGGAAAAAGAGGAGGUUACAUGGAGGUCACCGGUUUUAGUCCGGAGAUUAUGGAACAAAUCUACAAAGUGGCUUCCGUAAAUCUUUGUUCUAAUAUCUCUGGUCAAAUUCUUGCAAGCCUUGUAAUGAAUCCUCCAAAGGUUGGAGAAGAAUCCUAUGAGUCCUAUUUUGCAGAGAAAGAUGGAAUCCUCUCAUCCCUAGCGAGGCGUGCAAAGACACUUGAAGACGCGUUCAAUAGUUUAGAAGGUGUAACAUGCAAUAAAGCAGAAGGAGCGAUGUAUCUUUUUCCACGUAUACAACUCCCCCAGAAUGCAAUAAAAGCAGCAGAAGCAGCAAAAAUGGCGCCAGAUGCAUUCUAUGCUCGCCGCCUCCUUAAUGCCACUGGAAUUGUUGUGGUUCCUGGGUCUGGCUUUGGCCAGGUCCCUGGGACUUGGCAUUUUAGGUGCACAAUAUUGCCUCAAGAGGAUAAGAUUCCAGCCAUUGUAUCUCGCUUGACAGAUUUCCACAAGAGUUUUAUGGAUGAAUUUCGUGGCUGAGGGAUCCACAAGAGUUUUAUGGAUGAAUUUUGUGGCCGAGGGACCCGUGCCAUUCACAUUAUAUCCGAGCACUGCUAAGAGUUUUAAUAAGGUGUAGUCAUAACUGUUUGUGUAUGUCUCUUACGCCUUUCUUAGGUCCAACGAUAUGUCAGUUUAUUCAUUGAUGGAGUGUAUACUGCAUUGUGCAAGAGGUGGAGGAUCUGAAACUGUUGUCUGCCCAAGAUUUUUGCUAUCCUCACUGCACUUCAUAUCUUUGGACCUUAAGAGCAUGCGAAGUUCAAUAGAUCAGGACUUCGAUCUCCUGCUUUGGGUGUUUAGUUCAUAGUCGUGGGGUUUCAUUUGUUUAAACUCACAUCAAAGUUGUGCCACUUUAUUUGUGGUCAUGGUUAGGGGUGUUUAGGUUAGUUUACGUAUGCCUCGACUAAUCUCUUCUCCAGUUUGGUCAAAUGUCUUGUCCCGCUGUGAAUGACUUGUUUUUGAUCAGACCGAGAAAGAAAUUAAUCAAGUUACGCGUAAACUGACCCAAACAACUUUGACCAUUGAACAAAUUUUUUUUUUGGGAGAAUUACACCCAAAUUUCUUGAGGGUUGUUACUUAAUCACUCAAAUUUUUUUGAGGUUUGUACACGCGUAACACUUAAACUCUUGUCG